GUUAUUGUUACUGCAGUGACAGAUUUCGGGAAAAAAAUGGCGGCGGUGUCGCGUCGCUCUCAGCAGCAAUCUCAGAGCCUUUCAUCUCCUCCACAAAGUCCAAGUCCGUCACGAUCUUUCACCGCCUCACCUUCUGCAACUAGCAGCCCAAGUGCGGAGUGCGACGGUGGCGCGGUGGUUAAUGGGGAGUCUGAUGGGCCCCUGUCCCCUGAUAUUGCCCCAGCUGUUGUUGGGACAAGUAGUAGCGAUAGCAGCCCCAGCCCCGGUAGCCCUGAUGCUUCCAGCAGCAGCGGGGCAAACAGUUCAGGAUCCUGUGUGGUGAGUGGAGCAUUCCGGGAGCUGUUUGAGGCCUGCCGCAAUGGAGAUUUGUCCCGUGUUAAGAAACUGGUUGAUUCUAGUAAUGUAAACGCAAAGGACAUGGCGGGCAGGAAAUCAACGCCACUGCACUUCGCUGCAGGUUUUGGAAGAAAGGAUGUAGUUGAACAUCUGCUGCAGACUGGUGCUAAUGUCCACGCCCGUGAUGAUGGAGGAUUAAUUCCACUCCACAAUGCCUGUUCUUUUGGCCAUGCAGAGGUUGUUAGCCUUUUGUUGAGCCAUGGAGCAGAUCCAAAUGCUAGAGACAACUGGAACUACACACCUUUGCAUGAGUCGGCUAUUAAAGGAAAAAUAGAUGUCUGCAUAGUGUUACUGCAGCAUCGAGCAGAUCCAAAUAUUCGGAACACAGAUGGCAAAUCAGCUUUGGACCUUGCCGAUCCAUCAGCAAAAGCUGUUCUUACAGGUGAAUACAAGAAGGACGAACUCCUGGAAGCUGCUAGGAGUGGUAAUGAAGAAAAGCUCAUGGCGUUGUUAACACCAUUAAAUGUCAACUGUCAUGCAAGCGAUGGACGUAAGUCAACUCCACUUCAUCUGGCAGCUGGGUAUAACAGAGUUCGAAUAGUACAACUUCUUCUUCAACAUGAUGCGGAUGUGCAUGCCAAGGAUAAAGGUGGGCUUGUUCCUCUUCAUAAUGCGUGUUCAUAUGGACAUUUUGAAGUUACAGAAUUGCUGCUUAAGCAUGGUGCUCUUGUCAAUGCCAUGGACCUCUGGCAGUUUACUCCACUACAUGAAGCUGCUUCCAAAAACCGUGUAGAAGUGUGCUCUUUAUUACUGAGCCAUGGUGCGGAUCCCACACUACUCAACUGUCAUGGAAAGAGUGCUGUAGAUAUGGCUCCUACGCCAGAGCUGAAAGAGAGAUUGACAUAUGAAUACAAAGGACAUUGCUUACUACAAGCAGCUAGAGAAGCAGAUCUGGCUAAAGUGAAAAAGUCACUUGCAUUAGAGAUAAUUAAUUUCAAACAACCCCAGUCUCAUGAGACAGCUUUGCACUGUGCUGUAGCUUCUCCUCACCCUAAACGCAAGCAAAUAGCUGAACUGUUGCUGAGAAAAGGAGCAAAUGCAAAUGAGAAAAACAAAGAGUUCAUGACACCAUUGCACGUUGCAUCAGAAAGAGCACAUAAUGAUGUUUUAGAAGUCCUUCACAAACAUGGAGCAAAGGUGAAUGCAUUGGAUACAUUGGGUCAGACAGCAUUACACAGGGCAGCACUUGCCGGUCAUUUGCAGACCUGUCGUCUUUUACUGAGUUAUGGCUCUGAUCCGUCCAUUAUAUCGUUACAGGGCUUCACUGCAGCACAGAUGGGGAAUGAAGCUGUGCAGCAGAUACUCAGUGAAAGCACACCAGUCCGUAAUUCGGAUGUUGACUAUCGAUUGCUUGAAGCUUCUAAAGCUGGAAAUUUGGAAACUGUAAAGCAACUUUGCAGUUCUCAGAAUGUGAACUGCCGAGACCUGGAGGGGCGGCAUUCUACUCCUUUGCAUUUUGCGGCAGGAUACAAUCGUGUAUCUGUAGUGGAGUACCUGCUGCACCAUGGGGCAGAUGUGCACGCCAAAGACAAAGGUGGUUUAGUACCCCUACAUAACGCUUGCUCAUAUGGUCAUUAUGAGGUGGCUGAGUUGUUGGUGCGACAUGGUGCUUCUGUCAAUGUGGCUGACCUUUGGAAAUUUACCCCUCUGCAUGAAGCUGCAGCCAAAGGAAAGUAUGAAAUUUGCAAGCUGCUUUUAAAACAUGGGGCUGAUCCAACAAAGAAGAACCGAGAUGGCAAUACUCCUUUAGAUCUAGUGAAAGAAGGUGACACAGAUAUCCAGGACUUGCUGCGAGGUGAUGCUGCUCUUUUAGAUGCUGCUAAAAAAGGAUGCUUGGCAAGAGUUCAGAAACUGUGCAGCCCAGAAAACAUCAACUGUCGAGAUACUCAGGGAAGAAACUCCACGCCCUUGCACCUUGCAGCGGGCUACAAUAAUCUAGAAGUAGCAGAAUACCUUCUUGAACAUGGUGCAGAUGUUAAUGCUCAAGACAAAGGUGGUCUCAUCCCUCUUCAUAAUGCAGCAUCAUAUGGGCAUGUGGACAUAGCAGCCUUACUGAUCAAGUACCACACCUGUGUAAAUGCUACAGACAAAUGGGCCUUCACUCCAUUGCAUGAAGCAGCACAGAAAGGACGGACCCAGCUGUGUGCUUUGCUUCUGGCUCAUGGCGCUGAUCCAACAAUGAAGAAUCAGGAGGGUCAAACACCACUCGACUUGGCCACAGCCGAUGAUAUCCGAGCUCUGUUGAUUGAUGCAAUGCCACCAGAAGCUCUGCCUAGCUGCUUCAAACCUCAGGCAACUGUUGUCAGUGCCUCUGUAAUCUCUCCAUCACCCACACCUUCAUGCCUCUCUGCUGCCAGUAGUAUUGAUAAUCUCACAGGACCGCUGGCAGAACUUGCUGUUGGUGCAUCCUCAAAUGUUGCAGAUGGUGCCACUGCCACUGAGCGAAAAGAAGGAGAAGUUGCUGGAAUUGACAUGAACAUCAAUCAGUUCUUAAAAAGCCUUGGUCUGGAACACCUCAGAGACAUCUUUGAACGAGAACAGAUCACUUUAGAUGUGCUGGCUGAUAUGGGUCAUGAAGAAUUGAAAGAGAUUGGCAUAAAUGCUUAUGGACAUCGUCACAAGUUAAUUAAAGGAAUGGAGCGUCUCCUAGGAGGACAGCAAGGUACCAACCCUUACUUGACAUUCCACUGUGUUAGUCAAGGCACAGUUCUUAUAGAUCUCACACCUGACGACAAAGAAUACCAAUCAGUGGAGGAUGAGAUGCAGAACACAAUCCGUGAACAUAGAGAUGGUGGUAAUGCAGGGGGUGUCUUCAACAGGUACAAUGUGAUUAGGAUUCAGAAAGUAGUGAAUAAGAAACUAAGAGAAAGAUACUGUCAUCGACAAAAAGAGGUAUCUGAAGAAAACCAUCAUCAUCAUAAUGAACGCAUGCUUUUCCAUGGUUCUCCUUUCAUCAAUGCCAUAAUUCACAAAGGAUUUGAUGAACGGCAUGCAUACAUAGGAGGGAUGUUUGGAGCUGGAAUUUAUUUUGCAGAAAACUCAUCUAAAAGCAAUCAGUAUGUCUAUGGAAUUGGUGGUGGGACUGGUUGCCCCACACAUAAAGACCGGUCAUGUUACAUUUGUCACAGACAAAUGCUGUUUUGUAGAGUCACACUUGGAAAAUCAUUCCUUCAGUUUAGUACAAUGAAGAUGGCUCAUGCACCACCAGGCCACCAUUCUGUCAUUGGCAGACCGAGUGUAAAUGGGCUAGCAUAUGCAGAGUACGUUAUCUACAGAGGAGAACAGGCAUACCCAGAGUACCUCAUCACCUAUCAGAUUGUGAAGCCAGAAAGUCCUCCACAAGCUGCAGUCACAUCAGAGCAAAAGUCCUAGUAAAACACGCUUUGGGAGUUGAAGUCAUGGACUGGGAUGAAGCGAAACAGUUACAGAGCUUCCACACACAACCCAGAGGAAGCCAACUGCCAAGAAUUGACGUGUGUGUGUUUGUGUGUGUAGAUAUAUAUAUAUAUAUAUAUAUACACAUACACAUAAAACUGCCACCAUUUUCUUUGAAACGUUUACAAGGAACUGCCACUAAAAGACGUACCUCAGGCUCAUUUUCAGUGUACCAGUCCAGACUUGAGCAGUGAAUGUUUUUGUCUGGUUUGUAGACUGGGUCUGACUUGCCACAUGGCUACUACAAUUACUCCGACUGCUGCUGUUGUUGCCGCCGCCUUGGAUGUUCAUGUCACAUGAAUACCACUGUUUAUUUCUAAACAUAACAAACGAUUCAGAGAAGAUGUACUCUCUCUUAUUGUCUUCUUCAGUUAAUGGAUUGCAUUUUGUAUGUAUGCCAUCAGAUAUUUUGAGGAAUACAGCCUAUUCGUAAUCCAUAUUUAAUGUUACGAGAGUCUGAAGAUGAGCCAGAGAUUUAAUUGGGAACACUUUGCACAGUGAAGAUGCCAAGAACAUUUAAUCUGUAAUAUUUCUUUAUCCAGAUGGGCUUUUGUCCAUUUAUCUUUGGCUAAUUUUCAUUUGUUGCACUUUUUAAGGAAAUGUUUUAAGUUAUUAUUAAACAUAUUUGUAAAACA